AUGGAUCGGCUGCAGCAGCAGCUGAAUGCGUUGAGGCUGAAGACAUUGAGAUUGAGAAGGUUGGCUGGUGGAGGAGUGCAGGGACUGUUGGACUCUGGCGCGACAAAUCCACUACGACCAUUGAAGCCGGGGGAGGAGACCACCAGCUACCGUCAAGUUGAAGUGGCGUUGGCCAAUGGUGGAAAGACUCAACUGGCGAUCACCCGUGGAGGCACACUGGUGAGUCCUGACUUGGACAUUGAGCCGAUCGUUCCGAUGGGCUUGCUGAUUGGCGUUCUGGGCUGCAAAGCAACAUGGGAAGAAGGUGGAAUCACAGUCAUCCAUCCAAAGAUUGGCAAGCUGCCGAUCAACCAAAGUGAAGGAUGCCCACAGGUAUCACGUCAGUUGGCUCUUCAGCUCAUUGAGGAGAUUGAGGACAAAAAGCUAUGCAUUGGCGAGGUGGCAUCCGACUUCACCAAAGAAGAGGCAUGGUUGGAAAGGCUGAUCAAAGAACACCCAGUGCUGUCUUCUUUGCCGUCUUGGAUUCAAGAAGGCCUCAAAUGCGAAGUUGGAGAAUGGAAUCACCUACCAUGCAACAAAAGGAUGAGAAAACGAAUGAAGCGAGAUGGCUAUCUUCUUCAUCUGUUUGCGGGCCCUGAUCAAGGCUUCACACUUCAUCGAGCUUGGCAUCAAGUCGGAGGAGAAGGUUGGCAGUUGUUAGAAGUUGAUGUAGAAAGAGGAGAAGAACAAAAUCUUUUGGAGUCCAAGCUCUAUGGGGGGCUGAUGAGGACGGCAUUAGAAGGGAAGAUUCGAGCCAUCAUUGGAGGCCCGAACUGUCGAACAAGAAGUGUGCUCAGGCACAUCCCAGUUGAAGGACAUCCAGAAGCUCCGCGACCAGUGAGGCAGUGGGGUGGAGGAGAGUUUGGAAAGAAGCAUCUGACAGAUCAAGAACGAGAACAAGUCAGAGGAGAUGACCUGCUGAUGUGGAGGAUGCUCUUUCUGCAGAUGGUGUCAACAUAUGCAGCAAGAGCGAGAGGAGCAACGAAAGAUCCGUUGUUCAGUUUGGAACAACCUGCCAGUCCAAAGAGCUACAAGCCAGAGGUUGUGAGCUUUUGGGAUACAAAGGAAUGGCACAAGCUGAAGAAGGAGUUUGGAUGGUUUGAGGAGACGUUCGAACAAGGAAGUCUUGGAGGAAAGUCACCAAAGCCGACGACCUUUGGAGGUUCCCUCAAGCUCACGGUGGAGGAGUACAAGACUGGCGAUCGACGUCACCCAGAAAGAGUGAAAAGCUCAAAGGAGUUGUCAAGAUGGCCUCCAGCAUUGAUGAGGAUGCUGGCGACCGAGUUGAUGAAGCAGGUCUACAAGAUGGAUCCAAAGAUCAAACAGCUCUCUUGGCAGGAGCACAUAGCAUGUGGGCACAUCCCAUACAGAAGAGAUUGCAGGGUGUGCCAAGAAACAAAUCAACAAUGCGCGCCACACAGAAAGACGCGCCACGUGAUUGGAGGAGUGCUCUCCAUCGACACGGCAGGCCCUUUGAUUGGUGCCUACGACCAAGGAGGAGGAAUGGCAAGGUACUUCUUGGUGGGAGCAUUGACAUGGAGGGUGCCAAAAGGUCUGGAGAAGUUGAAGCAGCCGGCACAAGAGCCCUUAGAAGGAGAUGAGCCGAAGAUCGAAGACAAAGAAGAUGUAGAAGAAGAGGCCCUGGAGGAUGGAAUCUUUGGCGAUUUGCCACCAAUGGGUGCUGACAACAAUCAGGCAUCAGGCGGUGAGUUGGCGGCUGAGUUGGGGUUGGGUGGAGGAGACCCAGUCCGCCUCGCUGCCCCGCCGCGGAGCGAUGAUGUGGCUGAGUUGGGGUUGGGUGGAGGAGACCCAGUCCGCCUCGCUGCACCGCUCCCGGGUGAAGCUGCCGCUGAGUUGGGGUUGGGUGGAGGAGACCCAGUCCGCCUCGUGGCGCCACGCGAAGAAAAAGGGCCAGAAGACCUUGAAGAAACAACUGAGGUGAGGGUAUUCAGGUUAGCCCUACCCAUGAUCACCAAAACGGCCCGAGAAGUGAGCGCGACAGCCAUGGAGUUUGUGCUGCGGCUCCGGGCGGACGGCUUCCACAUAGGCCGAAUUCACUGCGACAGAGGCCAUGAGUUUGAAGGAGCCUUCAAAAGGAGGACACUUCGACAAGCAGGCCUUGAUUCAGCACAUUGGCCUUGGGCUCUGCGCUAUGUGGAUGAGCUCAACCGGUGUGUGAGGAAGGGCAUUCAACCAAGUUGUCCCCCAUUUUACCAAGAAGUCAGAGUCAAGAAAAGAACAUGGAGAAGAGGAGCCUUCGAACCAGUGGUCGAGCGUGUCCACUACCUGUGCCCCUCGACAGAGGAUCAUGGGCACUGGGUCCAAAAGCAGGGAGAACCUCCACGAGUCACCAAGUUCAUCAUGGAGAAGACCACAGAGCCGGUUGAAGAAGGCGCAUGGAUAGCGCUUGAAGGACGCAUAGUGGAUCCAUGGAGCACAAGAAGAAGGCUGAGAGGAAAGACUGCGGUGAGGAGGGUUCAUCCUACUUUGGAUCAAGAAGGCGAAGAUUCAGAAAGAGAGAAAAAGAAAGAAGAGGUGAAACAGAUCUAUGCAGUGAUUGAGGAGGAGAUGAGAGGAAUCGUGGAUGAAGAUCCAGAAGUUGCAUCUGGAAUCAUACAGGUUGUUGCAAAGCUGCGGAAGAUUGCAACAGCGAUGGAGGAGUCAGAAGAAGUACUCCAAACAAAGAUCAUUUCACCCAAGGAGGUUUCAAGAAAGUGGGGGGAAUGGUUGGAAUCGGUGGACAGCGAAGUUCAGUCGCUGACAAAAGACAAGCAGGCCCUCAAAGAGCUGACAGCAGAAGAACAUGAAGAGCUGAAGCAACAGGCAGAACGAGAAGGACGGCGGGUAGAAUAUAUACCGUCGAAGUUGGUCCAUGUGGUGAAGGCAGGUGAAAAAGGGGGAAAAAAGAAAACAAGAUGGGUUGUUUGCGGGAACUUUGAAGAAAAGAAAGAAGGAGAAGAGAACUACAGCGGAGGAGCUGAUGCAACAGCUUUUCGCAUUCUCAUUUGGUGCUGCGGGAAGUUUCAAUGGAGGGCUCAAAUCAUUGACGUGAGAACAGCAUUUUUGAAUGCUGACUUGGAACUCACCGAGGAAGAGAACCUUUUGUUGAUUCGUCCUCCACACAUCAUGAUUGAGAAGGGCUAUCUCGCACCCAACACCGUCUAUCUCCCUGUCAAAGCGAUUUAUGGUUUUCGCAGGUCACCAAGAUUGUGGGGGAGGCAUCGAGAUCAUCGUAUGCACCAGUUUGUCAUCAAGGCGGAAAAAGAAGGAAAGAACAUCGAGGUCAAGCUCUUUCAAAUGGGAUCUGAACCCAAUCUUUGGAAAGUUGUGCAGGUCAUGGGGGAGGAAGAGGAUGAGCUGGCUUCUUUGUCCAAUGGCAGAAUCCUUGGACUGGUGAUGACUUACGUUGAUGAUGUCUUCAUCGCUGCAGAAGGCGAUCUGGUGGAAGCCAUCACUGCGAAGUUUCAAGAAACAUGGACGACAUCCAAUCCAGAGGAGGUGUCGGAAAAGCCAACACGCUUCCUAGGCAUGGAGGUGGAAAAGAUCUGGUCUGAGGAGAAAGAGCGCUCUGAGUGGUUUGUAACUCAGAGUGGUUACAUCAAAGAUUUGCUUGAAAGAUAUGAUCAAGGAAAAGAAGAAAAAGAAAAGAGGAUUCGAAAGAUUCCAAUCUCAAGGGAUCUUGCCAUCAUGGAGGCAGCAGAACAAACAAGAGACUAUUUGAGGGGAACAUGGGAUCAAGGUUUGAAGUUUGAAGAAGGAAAAGAAAAGGAUGUGGUCAUACAAGUUUGGUCAGAUGCAUCGUUUGCACCAGAAGGAGAAGAGUCACAUGGCUGCUUCACAGUCAUGGUAAACGACUCUGCAUUGCUGUGGCGCUCGGGGCGUCAAGCCUCAAUCACCUUAUCCACAGCAGAAGCCGAGUUGAACGAAAUCAUCGAGGCCAUGAAUGCAGGAGAAUCAGUGGCCACCAUCCUGUAUGAGUUGUUUGAUGAUGUGAAAAAGAUUGCCUGGUCAGACAGCCAGUCAGCUUUGUCCAUCUUGUCAAGUGAGGGCGGGAGCUGGCGCACACGCCAUCUUCGAAUGAGGGCAUCAUAUGCCCGGCAGGCAGUCCUUUCCGGGGAUUGGGCAGUUGGUCAUGUCCCAGGCGAGGAGCUGAAUGCCGAUUUGGGCACAAAGGCGCUGUCUUCCAACCGCAUUGGCAAGCUCAAGGGUUUGCUGGGCAUGGCACAAAGACCAGGUGAAUCAAAAGAAGAAAAAGAAACGAAGAAGGAAGUUGGAGAAGAUCAAAAAGAGAAGGCAUCAAAUGCGUUCAAAGUAUCUCAAGCCGCCACCGCAGUCAAGCUGAUCACUUUGGCUGCCAUGAUUUCUGUUGGGAAAUCAGAAGAAGAUGAGGAGGAAGAACAUGGAGCGAAAGAACUCAAAGUGAUGAUGGUUAUCUUCGCCAUCGCCAUUGUCCUGUUGACCUUGUUGGGUCAGAUUGUGUGGAAGGUAGGAGUAGGAAAGCUUCGCCAGGUCAUCAAAGAUCAAUCUGAAGGAGCAGACCGAAGUCUCCCUGCACAAGGAGAUCAAACAGGGGUUCAACAAAGAGCCCGAGAAGCAGUCCGUGGCACAGGGGGUGAGCAGGGGUCGAGCGGCUCAUCUGAGCCCUUGGUCCGCCUCCCUCCUUCGGUCCGGGUGGAAGAGGAAAACACCACCCGACGGGUUGAGAUGGGGUUGGAUCAAGGAAAUCCAGUCCGCCUCCCUGUCCCCGAUGGAGAGACAUCAAGCUCCUCGGGUGGGCCGAGCCCGGCUGCUGGAAGCAUGGAAGCUCGAAUUGAAGAAGAGCUGAUCAGAAUCAUCCAAGAAGAAGCAGAAAUGUGGAGAGAAAUUCGGCAGACUCCGCUACCACCAGUGAUCAUCGAAGAAGUGGAGGAGAACGAUGCAGAAGGCAUCUACAAGGUCCACGAGUCGGACAGCCCCGACCAUUCAAAUGGUGUCAGGUUUGCAGAAGGGUUGCCUGCAAACGAGGGGAAGGCCACCACCAGGGACUUCACUCUAUCUUUCUGUAACUGGCACCGCAGCACACUCAGAUGA